CCCUCUGUUCGAUGAGAACUGCGACAAUGUCGCGAUCUCGCGCGCCAAGACAUGCGGGGCAAACAAGCGCUUAUCUGGUCACAAAUCGUGUCGUCGAGAGACCGGAAAGGUGUCGCAGGAUUAGGAAUAGCAAUGCCCGAGCGUGAAGCGCGUCGAGAAGAUGAUGGAGCAGGGGACCUGCGCGGUGUGCGCGACGACUUCUUCGUUGCCCAUGCUCCUUCUCGUCGGACGUGGGCCGGACAUGGGCCGGACGUGAGCCGGACAUGCGUAUAUGAAGGAGCGCGGCGAUUGCUCGAUCAGAUUCCACCCACAUCACCUCGUCCACCCCUUCACUACCCUACGCUCUGCCCACCAUGCUCGUCCUGCCCUACGCCCUCGCCGCCUUUGGCCUCUCUGCCGCAGCCAACGCCCGCCCUGCCUGGCUCGCUGCCCGCGACUCUGCCCUCGAGACGCCGUCCGUCGACCCUUUCCUCGUCGUCCGCACCGACAAUGCCAGCGGUAACGACGGACUCAUCUCCAAGUUCGACAAGAGCAUCGCCGCCGACUUCCCCAUCCACUCGUCGUGCAACGCCAGCAACAAGAUGCAGAUCGAGCGCGGACUCUUUGACCUGAAGCGCAUGCUGCGCGCUUCCAUCGACCACCUUCUCCUCUACGGUAAUAAGAGCGAGCUCUUUGUGACCUACUUUGGCAAGGAGGCCAACACCGCCACGCCGCUCGGCGUCUACGAGCGCAUCCUCAGCGGCGACAAGUCCCACAACCUCAUCCGCUGCGAUGACCCUGACCACAACUGCAAGAUCGACGGCUACGCAGGCCACUGGCGCGGCAACAACGCUACUGGCGAGACGGUCAUCUGCGACCUCUCGUACCAGACGCGUCUGGGCAUCGAGAAGUUCUGCUCCGGCGGCUUCGAGAUGGCCACGGGCAAGCUCAACACCUUCUGGGCCACGGACCUUCUGCACCGCGCCCUCCACCUCCCCUCGCUGACCGACGGACAAGUGGUGCACGAGGCCGACGGGCUCUACGAAUCCAUCGAGCUCGCCAAGUCGGACGUCGAGUCGAGCGUUCUCAACCAGGCCUCGCUUCAGGCAUUCGCCUACGAGGUCUUCGCGCGCACCAACAUCGUGCCCGGUGGAUGCCGUGGUACGCCCGUGCCCAAGCCCGCCGCCGAGGGGCACGGAGCCACGCCUGCAAAGGACGCCAAGCCCGCGCAUGACGACAAGCACGACGACAAGCAUGCCGGACACGACCACGCGCACGACCACGCGCACGACCACGCGCACGAGGACAAGCAUGAUCACGCACACGACGACGCCCACGGAGCACACGCCGGUCACGACCACGACCACGACCACGACCACGCUGGCCACGAUCACAGCCACGAGAGCGCCCCCGCCUCGGCGUCGGCGCCCGCUGCUGCCGCCCCUUCUGCCGCCAAGGACUGCCACACGCACGCCGAUGGCACCACCCACUGUGUUUGAGCGAGCGAGGAGAUAGCGUUGAGAUGGUGACCGGAGAGGGGAGGAACUGAG